UGCAGCAAUUUGACAUGUGUUAUUUCUACUUUCGAAUUUCCUCAGUGCAUGAAAACGAAAGGAAAUUAUGUUUCUCUGAAAUUUAUUAAGGAAGUUGUUUGAUAAAUAUAGUGUUAAACUUUUACGAAGGAGUUUAAUCGAAUUUUCACGUCUCUUUCAAGCUAUUAUUAAAGAAAAAAUUUGAAAAAGUCAUGGCACUCUUGGAGGAAGUUAAGAGCAUGCUGAGGGCAGUGCUAAUGAGCUGCAAAGAAGGGGUACCCGCUCAUGUCUUACAAAGAGAUUACAGAGACGUCACACAGGAACCACUGCCUUUCAAGAAGCUUGGUUUUCCUAAUCUGGAUGAAUUCAUUAACAGUAUUCCUGAUGUCGUUAGAGUCCGGAGAAACAAAGAGGGGGAGGUUGUUUACCAUGCUGUUGCCAAUGAAGAAACUGCUCACAUCCAGUCAUUGGUCUCAAAACAGAAGAGUAACAAGAAAAGGAAAAAACUCCAGCCUGCACAAAGAAGACCAGUCCGUAGAUCAGAACCAUAUAAGUUUUUCACCGCUGGAAGUAACUCUCGACCCCCUCCCAGAGGAAGGCCACCCCCAUGGGCCCAGAGGAUCUCCCCAGUUCGAAGUCCCCCUUGGAAGCGGCCACCUUUGCUAGGAAAAUCUCCUCUUAAUAUUCAGGUUAACAUGGGUAAUGGAAGCAGACGUCAUGUCACGGUUAACAGAGUGUUUAACGAGGCAGUAACAGCUGCCACUACAGACAAGCACAGGUCAGAAGUUGGACAUUUUGGCCAAAGAUUUGAGGUCCCUCCUAGAUUUCAGAGGCAACAGGAGGGGAAAGAAAAUGUGCCCACAGAAAACACUGACCCUGCUAAAUUUAAAUCUGUGCCAAGACCACUACAAGGACAAAGAACCAGAAAAGUGCACUUUGAGAGAGUCCCAGAUGGAGAUAAGUACAUGAAUAUUUUAAAGGACUAUGCCAUGGCCAAUGACAUCACCCUGAAGUUUGAUUCUAUCUCCACAAAAUUGGAGAAUCAUCCCGGCUUUGCGAGUUCAGUCAACAUCAAUGGGAAAACUUUUGGAAGUGGAGGUGUGUUUGAGACAAUCGCUGAGUCAGAGUAUGCAGCAGCAAGUUCUGCAGUCAGAAGUCUGGGCAUCAAGUCAUCCUCAGAACAUUCACGUGCCCUUAGUCCCCCGGCAUCUGAUGAUUCACAAGUGAAGAGGCGUGUCAAAGAAUUAAUGGAAGGAAAAACAAAUGGAAUGUGGAGUACUCGACUAGAAGUGAUAUAUAAAGAAAAAUAUAAUGAAGAACCUCCAUCGAACUUAAUGUAUCUGAUAGAGAAAUGGACAGAUGUAGUCAGAGUAGAGGAACAUCCAGAUAUUGGUAGAACUUUACUGUAUCCAGUAUCAGAAGAAGAGAGGAAAAAAAAUCUUCAAACAUGUGUCCCCAAGGCCAAAGCAUCCAAUACAGCUGGUGGUGACUCUCCACAAUCAAACACCAAGACAGCGACCACGCCUACCACCAGGCCUACCGCCACACCUUCUGCCACGCCCAAAUCAUCACCUGACAGACCACGCAGCCAACCUGCAGUGAGCCAGAAGAUCAAAGAAAUCAAAAUACCAGCAGGUGAAAAUUUACCAUUAGGGGAGAAAGUGACGGUGUAUAUGACAUUUCUGGGGGAGGAUGGGAGUGUCUGUGUUCAACAUGAGGAUAGUGCCGUAUUUCAAAUCACCAAACAAAUAGAUGCAGUGGAGAGCGGUCCUGUGCCGGAUUUAGAGGACUUGCAGCCAGGGCGCUUUGUAGCUGCUCUCUACAUCACAGAGACAGAGAAACUAUGGAGCAGGGCAGAAGUCAUAAGUAGGGAUGGGACAACAGUGGAUGUUCUUUUCAUUGAUUAUGGAAACAGUGGUUCCUGCUCCCAGAACUCCAUACGGUUUCUUACAGAGGAACUGGCUCAGUACCCAAUGCAGAUCAUCUAUUGUUAUUUACACGGAGUGGCUCCUCUAGAGGAUGCAGAUACAUGGUCAAAGGAAUUUAAAGAGAGGUUUGCAGAGAUUGUCACAGAUCAAGAGCUGAUUGCCAUAACAAGAGAUAUCUCACCUGAUGGCACACACAUUGUAGACCUGUUUUUGACCUCUGACCCCUCCACCAGCAUCAACGACAGGCUGGUCGCUGAGGGUAUCCUCAGGAAGCUGACAGAUGAAGAACAAAGUGUUGUCACCAGUGACGACGAACCUGAGGAGCUGGAGUUACCGACGGACACCAACCAGUGGGAUAUCUACGUCUCCUUCAUUAACUCUAGUACCAACUCGGUCAUGAUUCGUCUGGUCGGAGAGAAGUAUUCAGACAAACUAGAAGAGCUGGAGAAGAAGUUGGAGGAGGUUUUCCACUCUUCAGAGGAGGAUGUGGAGAUUGCAGAAGGACAGGUGUGUGUGGCCUAUGUGGAUGAGCUCUACCACCGAGUCAGGGUCAUCAAGAAGGAACCACUAAAGUAUCAAUGCUACUUUUUGGAUCAUGGCGACUCUGAUGGAUUAGUUCCUAGCCAGCUUAGUGUCCUUGACCCCAAAAUUAACAAACUUCUACCAUAUCAGGCCUUUGAAGUAUCUUUAGAUGGUUUGGAGGAAUUUGCAGAAAAUGUGACAACUUUGGAGAAACUGUUUGACAUGGCUUUGGGUAAAACUUUGGUGGCGGAGAUUACAGCAAGGGAUGAAAUUUUCUCCAUCGUGAUAUACGACACUCAAGGUGCCUCAGACGUCAACGUCAACCAAGAAAUCCUGAAAGCUGUGCAGCGUGAAGCGGAAACCUCGUUGUUGACUUCCUCUGGGAGUAAUCCGCAGUCAACGGAGUCUUCGCCACUUCCUCUACGCAAAACCACAGACAUGUCGUCAAAGACCCUUACAAGUUCUAGUCCCCAGUCUUUCUCUCCCAAACGUCUACCGCAAUCAGCUGUUACAGCAGCCACCAGUACAACCUCAGAGGUCCCUACAGUUCCCAAGUCCCAGCUGCCUUCAAAGUCAACUGAGGGAAAGGAAAACAAUGGGACUGAUUCCGGUGAAACAGAGAGUGGAGAGGGUUCAUGGGAAACAGAAGAAGAGGAGGUGAUAGAGGGAGUACCUACCGGUAAAACGUUAACAGCAUCAGGUCCGAAAUCUCCACUGCAAGCUAAACAAAAAAAGACUGAGUCCAGUCCAGCGCAAGUGACAAAACAACCGCAAACCAAACAAGUCAGCUCCCCAGUGAAAAAAUUAACAGAAAGUUUAUCUAGUCUAUCUACGCAAGAUACUGUGAUGUCUGGGGAUUCCCCAGGAGCCACUGAAGGUGGUGCCACCCAGAACCCUGAGGCACAGACUCUGUAUACCUGGAGCAGCUCAAAAAGGCCUCCAGGGGCGUCCAAGGGAAAUCCCUCUGAAAAUGACGAGAUUGCUCUUGUGAAUGUGCAAGUGUAUAAUACACGACCGGUGCCAAAGAAAUUUGAGAUUCCUCCCAAGGGAGAAUACUGUGAUGUCCACAUCAUUAAUAUAUUUGAUCCGACCAACUUUGUGUGCAUACCUUUUCAAUUUAUGAAUGAACUUGAUGAACUCAUUCGGAAAAUGAUAGAAUAUUUCAACUCUGUGGAAGAAAAAUUGUCACUAACAGGUUCCGACCUGAUGGUUGGUCAGAUGUACGCAGGAAGGAAGGAGGGGGCUUGGUAUCGAGUGAUUGUAAAAAAUGUUAUCCAAUCAAAUCACGCUUCAGUAUACAUGGUGGACUUUGGAGAGUUUAUUGUGAUGAGUAUAGAAGACAUCAGACUGCUGCCUUACUGCUUUGCUCAACUCCCACAACUAGCAAUUAAAGGGAAACUCUUUGGUAUUAAACCAGCUAAGGAUAGUAAAGUAUGGAGCGAAGCAGCCAAGUACAAGUUCCUCCAGAUGGCUCACAAUAAAAGCCUGGUGGCCUUGAGCUGUGGGACGGAGGAUGUCAUGGGUCAAGAGGUCACUUUAAUGCGAUUGGUGGAUACCAGUCAGCAAGAUCAAGACAUCUGUCUGGAUGACGAACUCUUGGAGAUGGGAGUUGCGGAAAAAAUUAGACCUUUAUCUUGAGAGAUUGUCAAAAUCAUAUGAUGAUAACUAAUCUGUUUCUCAUAAAACUGAUUGAAUCUGUAUUUCAGUUACUUUUAGUGACACUUUAAUAGGCUUCAUGCAGCAUGUGGGCAGGUGUAAUAAACAUGAAAUUGGAUCUUUUGGCAAAUUAUCCAAAAUGCUUCUCUGUUUACUGGCCUGUGUGUGUAUUUUAUUGCUGGUGUUACUGUAUAUGCCUAUUAUGAUACACUAUAUGCUAACAGUGCUAUAAUUACAUGAAGUGUCUUGAUAUAAAGGCGUAUCAAUACAAACAGUACCAGGUAUUUUAAUCUGACAGAUUUUUUUGUUGGAUUUAGAUUACUGAUCUGUACAUAGGGCUUCUUUUAUCUUAUUUUUUAAUUGUCUUUUUUUUUUAAGCUCCUCGUAUCAAAACCUAAUGUUUGUCUUAAAGAGGCUGCUUCAAAAGCACCAUUUUAUUUUUCAUUGUUUUUUGUAAUAUGGCUACAAACAAAGCUUUCUUGUAACUUCCUACCUCUCAAUUCAUGUCAGAAAUUGUCCCAAAAUUUAUGUGCAGAAAUAUUAAUCCAUAUGAUAUAUUCUUUUUUUCAAAAUGUAUAAUUGGAUAAACUAAUUUAUAUAGCUUAUAUAUUUGCUUUAUUUUUGUGUGAUAAAUUUGAGUGUCAUACCUGACAAGCAUGAAUUGAUGAUAGGUUUGAAAUUUUGCCUAAACGGUACAGUACUAGUGUAUACAUGUUCAAUAAGUUGCUCAUUUAUACACGGUGGUAGAAAUAUGCUGUAAUUUACCGUUGACAUUCUUGACCGUUAUUUUGCACUUUAUUAACCUUAGUGGGAUAGGAAACAUUGUGUUAUUGAUUGUCGAAUAAAUGCAACCUUUGUUGGAAAUUAAA